UUCGUCUGGAACAUGGAAGGAGACGCCAUGCUCCCUCUGUGAGCUGGAAAACUUCAGAAUCCUUCGCCAUCAAACCACGGAAACAACGCGAGACAACGCGGAUGUCGGAAAUGCAUCCGCCAGUUUCCCGCCGGACACUUUAUGAGGUGACACACAGAUGCAGCGCAGCAGUUCGGCUCUUUGGAUAUAAACUGUAUUUUUAUCGAGAACUGUGGAGGGCAGCAAUGGAGCCUGAGGCCAAGCGGCGCAAAGGGUCAGAGUGCGAUGCCUGGGUGGCCGUCCCUGUCCUGUCAGACGAGCAGUCGGCGGACGUGGAGCUGGUGGACGCGUUCGCCGCGCCCAUCAUCAACAGGAAGGCGACGUCUCGGCUCGUCAGGGAGCUGAACGGCGUCUACCCGCUGACCGGCCUGCAGCACGUGAAGCGGGUCCGGCCCUGCCGGGCCGAGGACAGUCCCCACCCUCUGGAGGUUCUGCUGUGUCUGCUGAGCGACGCGCCGAACCCGGCGGACGCCAGCAUCCCGUCUCUGCUGCCCGCGGGCAGCUGGGAGGGGCUGGGCGAGCCGUUUGUGGUGAAGGUCCCGGCGCGACCCCCGCUGACACGGCCGCAGUUCGAGCUGGCGAGCCGCCGCUGGCCCACGACCUUCCAUGAAGACAAGCAGGUGACGGUGGCGUUGCGAGGGGAACUGUUCGGCCCCCAGCAGAGAGCCCUGAUGCACACCUUCAUGGCGUCCGCCGUGGCCGCCGCCAGAGCUGCGGCGCUGCUGGGGAUGGAGGCGGUGGGGGCGGCGGUGGUCGACCCCGAGACGCAGCGGGUCGUCGCCGUUGGUCACGACCGGCGAGGCGAGCACCCGCUGCAGCACGCCGUCAUGGUCUGCAUCGAUCUGGUGGCGCGGAGCCAGGGAGGCGGCUGCUACCGCCAUGACGGGUACGACGCCUGCCGCUUCGCCCCUGCAGACCCCCAACCAGAGGGGGGCGCUGUGUCGUACAUCUGCAGCGGGUACGACCUGUACGUCACCAGGGAGCCUUGCGUCAUGUGCGCCAUGGCGCUGGUGCACUCGCGCAUCGGCCGGGUUUUCUACGGCGCCGCCGCCGCUGACGGAGCUCUGGGGACGAGAUUCAAGAUCCACACGCAGAAAGACCUGAACCACCGAUUCCAGGUGUACAGGGGGGUCCUGAGGACGCAGUGUGAGGACCUGACCAGCAGGGGGCGCAAAACACCUGAACCACCGCUUCUUGGUUAGCACACUGAGGACGCAGUGUGAGGACCUGACCACGAGGGGGCGUGAAUGACAGCGACAGCAUGCGGACGUUUCAGUGCUGAAACUAGAAGAAGGGAUUUUAUUUUCUACAAGAUGUUUUUUUAUUUUUAAUAAAGUUUUAAUCUUUUGAUCCUGUUUA